GCCAAACAGAUCUUAUGACAGUACACGACAGAGCAGACAGCCCCAUAGUAGGCUAGUUUAGAAUUUAUUCUAGCACACACCAAACACGUGAACUAAAAGAGAAAACACAACAACUACACAUUUCUUAAUUCUUGAUCAUACUCACACGUCAAGAUUAUUAGAAAAAAAUGAAUGAACCACAACAUUGUUUUUGAAGACUGGGACCUUUUGCAAAGAAGCGUAGUUGAAAGCAGCAAAACCUUUGAGAUCUUUCAGCAUGGGAUUCCUCUGACCAUCUUCCUCAACAAGUGCAGCAGCAGCAUCUUCAGAGUUCCCCUCUAAAGCCAGCUGGUAAUCUCCUCUCAUCUGAGACAAGCAGCACCAGCACCAUGGCUGCAACCAAGACAGAGAUGCUCCUCUCAGCCCUUCAGAUCUCAGACCCACUAGGCUUCCCCUACUCUCCCAUGGACAGCUACCCCAAGUUGGAGGAGCUGAUGUUGCUCCACUCCUCAGGGACCCCGUUCCUGGCUGCCUCCACAGCAGAAGGUGUAGGCUUUGGGACCGGGGAGCCAGGAGACUCAUACGAACAUCUGAAUGAAGAUACAUUACCUGACAUCUCUAUCGGCUGUGACAAGUCUCUUAUCGACCAGACCUACUCAACCCCUCGACUGCCCUCUAUCUCCUAUACAGGGAGGUUCACCCUGGAGCCUGCAACCAGCUGCAGCAACAGCAUGUGGGCAGAGCCAUUAUACAGCCUGGUCAGUGGGCUGAUAGGCAUGUCCCAACCGCCCACCUCAGUUGCCUCAUGCUCCUCUGCUGUGCCGGUCAGCUCCUCCUCCCACACCAUGAGCUGCCCCGUCCAAAUCGGUGAUUCCAACCCCAUCUACUCGGCUGCACUCACCUACUCCAGUGUUAGCCCUGACCUCUUCCCUGACUCUAACCAGUCCUUCCCCAGCCCCUCAAACAGCUCAGUCCAGUACCCACCGCCCACCUACCCCAGCAGCAAGACCUGCUCCUCCAACAUGGCUCUGCCCAUGAUCCCAGACUACCUGUUCCCCCAGCAGCAGGGUGAGAUCAGCCUGCUUCCCCCUGACCAAAAGCCUUUCCAGUCUCAGAGCAUCCAGCAGCAGCUCUCCCUCACACCCCUGUCCACCAUCAAAGCUUUUGCCACACAGACUGGCUUUCAAGAUCAUAAAGGUUCCUACCAGUCUCAGCUGGUCAAACCCAACCGCAUGCGCAAGUACCCCAACCGCCAGUGCAAGACCCCUCCCCACAAGCGCCCCUACGCCUGCCCCGUGGAGACGUGCGACGGCCGUUUCUCCCGUUCAGACGAGCUGACACGCCACAUCCGUAUCCACACGGGCCAGAAGCCCUUCCAGUGCCGCAUCUGCAUGCGCAAAUUCAGCCGAAGCGACCACCUGACCACACACAUCCGCACGCACACCGGCGAGAAGCCCUUCGCCUGCGACAUCUGCGGCCGCAAGUUUGCCCGCAGCGAUGAGUGCAAAAGGCACACCAAGAUCCACCUGAGGCAGGCGAAGGACAGAAAGGUGGAGAAGGCAGGGCCCACCCCCAUGGUCAUCCCCUCCCCAGUCUCAGGGUUCUCCUCCCCCUCCACAUCAUACCUCUCUCCCAGCUCCUCUUACCCCUCCCCAGUGCCCUCCUGCUACUCCUCCCCAAUGCACAGCUCUUAUGGCUCCCCAUCAGUCAACACCAUGUACUCCUCAGCCUCCAGUAUAUUUCAGACACAGGUUUCCACCUCAUACGGCUCCCCCACAAACGUUUACAUCUCCCAAGUGGGCACUCCUCAGUCAGAACUGCAGUCCACCCUCUCUCUAAAAAACAUUGACAUCUGCUAAGACUUUCACAUCUUUAAUUAUCAUUUAUUUUUUACUUUUGACAAGAAAAGAGGCAAACAACAUUGUUACCUUUUCGAAUGCACUUUUACUCCCUCUAUGUCCAUACAGCGAUUAAAGAUCAUGAAACAUGACAGAGAGAGACGACCGAGGAUAGAAAGGGAACCAUUUCUCUCUUCAACUCAACCUCAUUACUUCAAUGAGUCUUCAGAGAUCUAAAUAACAUAGAAUAUUGUGCUUUGGUGGGACUUUUGAUACUGACAACCUGAAAUUCCAAAACACUGAUGGUACACAAACAUCCCCAUGUAUACUGUACAUGUGCCAUGUCUUGUUUUUCAUCCUUUUAGACUUUGUAGAUUAACGUUCUUUACAUGGUAUCAUUUGAACUUGAUGGCAUCAUUUUUCUCUGAAUAUAUUUUCUCUUGUAGUAACAAUGUGUGAUAACUUUAUUGGAGAAGAACAAUGAAGUAUUCGAGAAUGUUAACUGUAACACUGACAUUUGUUUCUAUGCUUUGUAUAUAUCACCCACUGGUACUAUCUCCCCUGUUGUUCUUCUUUCACCAUGAAAUAAUGAACUUUCUUCAUUAUCAAAGUUUUGGUGCCUUUUGUGAAGCUUAGCAAGCAAAACUAUGUUUUGUUUAUCACCCUGUGAUUGGAUGCAUUGCAUCUAAAGUAGCCUUAAAGUGUAUUUUCCACGGAAUGUAAGAGAUUUUAAGGGGCAACUUGGAGGAAACAGAGGUCACAGCUUACACAAGAAUGUAAGCGAAAUAAUAUAUUUUGUAUAACUGAAAUGUAAAUACAGUAUGUACAUAUUCAGGAGUCAAAAUGUUUUUGUUACCUACUGAGUAGGCAUGGGAUUUUUGUAUGUAUUUACAUGCAGUUCCUUAUUUUGUGGUUAUUUUUAUUUGUUAUUGUGUUUGUUAAAGCAAGUGACUGUUUUUGGCUUCUUAAGACAUUGAAUGCGCUUAACUGCCAAAUAUAUUUGGUGUACAUGAUAUCCUUCAAGACCAGGGAUAUUAAUAAAAUAUAUAUUAUGAUAAAAUUGA